CGAGCCGCCGGGUGGAUGUUGGAGGCGCCAUGCAGUCGGCGGCGGUGGAGGAGCUGAUGCCCCGCUUUCUACCGGUCGCUCCCUGCGACCUCCCCGAAGACUUCGACCCCACCGUGCCCCCCAGGACGCCGCAGGAGUAUCUGAAACGGGUCCAGAUUGAAGCAGCCCGUUGUCCCGAAGUUCUUGUGGCCCAGAUAGACCCGAAGAAGCUGAAGAGGAAUCAAACUGUCAGUGUCUCACUCUCAGGAUGCCAGCCAGCCCCCGAGGGAUAUUCUCCCACACUCAAAUGGCAACAGCAACAAGUGUCACAGUUUUCAAGUACUCGCCAGAGAGUGAACAAACACAGAAACCACUGGAAGUCGCAGCAUUUGGAUAGCAAUGUCAUGAUGCCAAAAUCAGAGGAUGAAGAAGGCUGGAAAAAAUUUUGCUUGGGAGAAAGGUUAUAUGGUGAGGUGGCUGUUGCAGCACCUACAGGAGAAAAUCCAGGAAUUGAUUAUGUGCAGAUUGGUUUUCCUCCCCUGCUUAGUAUUGUCAGUAGGAUGAAUCAGGCAACAAUAACGAAUGUCUUGGAGUACCUGAUUAACUGGUUUGGAGAAAGAGAUUUUACUCCAGAAUUGGGAAGGUGGUUUUAUGCUCUGUUAGCUUGUCUUGAAAAACCUCUGUUGCCUGAAUCUCAUUCCCUGAUUCGGCAACUAGCAAGACGCUGCUCAGAAGUGAGACUCUUAGUGGAAAGCAAAGAAGAUGAAAGAGUACCUGCUCUGAAUUUAUUAAUUUGCUUAGUUAGCAGGUAUUUUGAUCAACGUGAUCUGGCUGACGAACCAUCCUGAUGUGGUGGUGGCAGCAAAAGAGUGUGAUAAAGCAGCCUCCUGCCUAUUUGGGGAGAGGCAACUCAACAUCAAAGCUUCAAAUCCACAGAAACAACUCUGGGUCACCUCUCAGUGACUCAAUUUGGAAUUGAUGAGAAAAUGGUUGUAGUGUUUGUGAACAAUAAGCCAGCUAAGGGGCUGCUGCAAGGACUCGCAAGUGGUUGGCAGUAAUGUAGGCUAUAGGUGGAAAAAAAUUCAAAACUGUCCCGUUUUUACAUAAAUGAAAGUGACUUCUGGCAGCAAAUGUAUUUAUCAUUCUGUAAAACAUUGUUGAAUAAAAUUUUACUUUAGUUAAA